AUGAUAAACAAUAAAAAUAAUUUACAUGUAAAUGAGGUUGUAAAUCUCAUAAAACUCGUGAAACAUCAUCAAAAGGUUCAAAGUGAAAUUGCGUUUGUGUCAUGUUAUACAAAAAAUACUAAUUAUAAAUCAGUCAUUGCUCCAUAUUUUGACUACUUCAGCUCAUUAAUACUCAAUUUCAGUGAAAAUAAACUUAAGAUUCAAACUCAUUUCUAA